AUGACCAUGACUGCCAACAAGAAUUCCAGCAUCACCCACGGAGCUGGAGGCACUAAGGCGCCUCGGGGGACUCUGAGCAGGUCUCAGUCAGUCUCUCCACCUCCAGUUCUCUCCCCACCAAGGAGUCCCAUCUACCCCCUCAGCGAUAGUGAAGCGGCAGCCUGCAGGUACCCCAGCCGCUCCAGCUCCCGGCUGCUCCUCAAGGACUGGCACCCCCGUGAGCCUUCACCUCCAAAUCCUCAGGCUUCCUCCCCAGACACUUCUUCGCCACCCAUUUGUCCCCUCAAGGCCACCAGCUUCAGCUAUUUGGACGGCAGCCCUUCCGUGUGCAAGAGAGAGGACCAGAAGGAGAUUGUCCUGGGGGCGGGCCAGGAUGUAGAGGGAGUAGCUGCUUGCCUCCCCCUUGCCCACAGCACUCCAUCCCUGGGGUCGGCAUCCAACCCACGGAGCAUCUUUCAGACCCGCACUGGCGCCCGUGCCCACAGCCUGGGCAUCCGGGAGAAGAUUUCAGCAUGGGAGGGUCGCCGAGAGACUUUGCCCAGGAUGAGCGCGUGUGGGGAGAAGCGGGAGGGCUCUGGGGGCGAGUGGGCGGCCAGUGAGGGCUGCCCCAGCGUGGGCUGUCCCAGCGUCGUGCCGUCCCCCUGCAGCUCAGAAAAGACCUUUGAUUUCAAGGGCCUCCGGAGGAUGAGCAGGACCUUCUCCGAGUGUUCCUACCCGGAGACCGAGGAGGAAGGAGAGGCACUCCCUGUCCGGGACUCUUUCUACCGGCUGGAGAAGUGGCCAGGCCGGGGUGAGCCCGGUGCCUUCCUCAGGGGGCACGGCAGCAGGAAGGAGAGCUCAGCAGUGCUGAGUCGCAUCCAGAAGAUUGAACAGGCCCUGAAGGAGCAGCCGGGCCGGGGGCUCCCCCAGCUCCCCAGCAGCUGCUACAGCGUAGACCGAGGAAGAAGGAAGACGGGGACCUUGGGCACCUUGGAGGAACUGACGGGGAGCACGAGUGUGAGCACCAGCAGCAGCCGGGCAAGAGGAGUGGCUGGAGCUGUGGGGGAGGCGGGUCCACCCCUGGAGAGGGAAGGCGGCGGCUCCACGAAGCCAGGGAGCCCUGGAAAUAGCCCAAGUGCCCAGCUGCUGCCAUCAAAGAGUUCCCCCGACUCCGCUGUGAAUCCUGUCCCCAAACCCAAGCGCACCUUUGAAUACGAGGCCGACAAGAACCCUAAGAGUAAGCCGAGCAAUGGUCUACCUCCUUCGCCCACACCUGCUGCUCCACCUCCCCUGCCCUCCACCCCGGCCCCACCGGUCACCCGGAGACCCAAGAAGGACAUGCGUGGUCACCGCAAGUCCCAGAGCAGAAAAUCCUUUGAGUUUGAGGAUGCAUCCAGUCUCCAGUCCCUGUACCCCUCUUCUCCCACUGAGAAUGGUACUGAGAGCCAACCCAAGUUUGGAUCCAAAAGCACUUUAGAAGAGAAUGCCUAUGAAGACAUUGUGGGAGAUCUGCCCAAGGAGAACCCAUAUGAGGAUGUGGACUUAAAGAGCCGCAGAGCGGGACGAAAAUCCCAGCAACUGUCAGAGAAUUCCUUGGACUCUCUGCACAGGAUGUGGAGUCCUCAGGACAGGAAGUACAGCAACCCGCCCACUCAGCUCUCCCUGAAACCCGGCAGCCAGACCUUGCGCAGUGGAAACUGGUCGGAAAGGAAGAGCCACCGGUUGCCACGAUUACCCAAGAGACACAGCCACGAUGACAUGCUGCUGCUGGCUCAGCUGAGCCUGCCAUCCUCACCCUCCAGCCUCAACGAGGACAGCCUCAGCACCACGAGUGAGCUGCUGUCCAGCCGCCGGGCCCGCCGCAUUCCCAAGCUUGUCCAAAGAAUUAACUCCAUCUACAAUGCCAAGAGAGGAAAGAAGCGGUUAAAAAAGCUGUCUAUGUCCAGCAUUGAGACAGCAUCCCUGAGAGAUGAGAACAGUGAGAGCGAGAGCGACUCUGACGACAGGUUCAAAGCCCACACACAGCGCCUGGUCCACAUCCAGUCGAUGCUGAAGCGUGCGCCCAGCUACCGGACGCUGGAGCUGGAGCUGCUCGAGUGGCAGGAGCGGGAGCUCUUUGAGUACUUCGUGGUGGUAUCGCUCAAGAAGAAGCCGUCCCGCAACACCUACCUCCCUGAAGUCUCCUACCAGUUCCCCAAGCUGGACCGACCCACCAAGCAGAUGCGCGAGGCAGAGGAGAGGCUCAAGGCCAUUCCCCAGUUUUGCUUCCCUGAUGCCAAGGACUGGAUGCCUGUGUCUGAGUAUACCAGUGAGACUUUUUCUUUCAUGCUGACCGGGGAGGAUGGCAGCAGACGCUUCGGCUACUGCAGGCGUUUACUGCCAAGCGGGAAAGGGCCUCGGCUGCCAGAGGUAUACUGUGUCAUCAGCCGUCUUGGCUGCUUCGGCUUGUUUUCCAAGGUCCUAGACGAGGUGGAGCGGCGGCGUGGGAUCUCCGCCGCGCUGGUCUACCCCUUCAUGAGAAGUCUCAUGGAGUCGCCCUUCCCCGCUCCAGGGAAGACCAUCAAAGUGAAGACAUUCCUGCCAGGCGCGGGCAACGAGGUGUUAGAGCUGCGGCGACCCAUGGAUUCCCGGCUGGAGCACGUGGACUUCGAGUGCCUCUUCACCUGCCUCAGUGUGCGCCAGCUGAUCCGGAUCUUUGCCUCACUGCUGCUGGAGCGCCGGGUCAUUUUUGUGGCCGAUAAGCUCAGUACCCUGUCCAGCUGCUCCCACGCGGUGGUGGCCUUGCUCUACCCCUUCUCCUGGCAGCAUACCUUCAUUCCUGUCCUCCCGGCCUCCAUGAUUGACAUCGUCUGCUGUCCCACCCCUUUCCUGGUUGGCCUGCUCUCCAGCUCCCUUCCCAAACUGAAGGAGCUGCCUGUGGAGGAGGCACUGAUGGUGAAUCUGGGAUCUGACCGAUUCAUCCGACAGAUGGAUGAUGAGGACACGUUGUUACCCAGGAAGCUGCAGGCCGCUCUGGAGCAGGCUCUAGAGAGGAAGAACGAACUGAUCUCCCAGGAUUCCGACAGCGACUCCGACGAUGAAUGUAACACCCUCAACGGGCUGGUGUCGGAGGUGUUUAUCCGGUUCUUUGUGGAGACGGUUGGGCACUACUCCCUCUUCCUGACCCAGAGCGAGAAGGGGGAGAGAGCCUUUCAGCGAGAAGCCUUCCGCAAGUCUGUGGCCUCCAAAAGCAUCCGCCGUUUCCUUGAGGUUUUUAUGGAGUCUCAGAUGUUUGCCGGCUUCAUCCAAGACAGGGAGCUAAGAAAGUGUCGGGCAAAGGGCCUCUUUGAGCAGCGGGUAGAGCAGUAUUUAGAGGAACUCCCAGACACCGAACAGAGCGGAAUGAAUAAGUUUCUCCGAGGUUUGGGCAACAAAAUGAAGUUCCUCCACAAGAAGAACUAA